CGGUCAGUAUUCCACCACCAUGAAUUUAAAGUUGCCCUUGAUCUUGCUCAUUUUUGCUUGCAAUCUACUCCUCUUCACCAGUACCUUGUUAUUACCGUUUGAAAUCGGAUUUGAUCCGAACAAAAUAAAAUUUUUGCUAGUGAAGGGUUUCGGGCUUCAAGAAGAGAUUAAAUACCAGGACAAAGUAUCUUUACAAGCGAGCUCCUAUAAACCGGGUGGAUUAACAGUUUUUUUCGUACAUGGAUUCGGAACUCCUGGAAAUCUUUGGCUCUUGCAAAAAAAUGUCGUCCUCCCCUUCACAACGGAUUCACCGUUCAUCGACAAUUUCAUUUUUGUGGAUUGGACAGCUUUAUCGGGAAAUGUCAUCUUCCCCCUCGACCUCCCCCUCCUGUACCCAAUUGCCGUUAAGAAUGUCGCCGCAGGGGGAAAACGUCUCGCAAAUUUUAUCGAGUGGCUUUAUUACGAUGGCAGCAUAAAUUUGGACAGGAUUCAUCUAGUGGGCAUUUCCCUGGGGGCCCAUCUUGUAGGGCGGGCGGGUGCUGAAAUGCAAUUAAUCAUGGGUGGAAGGAAGUUGCCCAGAAUUACGGGGCUCGAUCCGGCCGGCCCGCUAUACUAUCCGUCCCAUCCGGAUUGGAAUAUUGACAAGAGUGACGCCAGUUUCGUCGAUAUUUACCACUCGAAUGCCGGUUUUUACGGGGAGAGCACAUUGGGUGGACAUGUCGAUUUCAUAUUGAACAACGGACAUGCUCAGCCUGAGUGCAAUGUUAUCACUGAUCUGCUAACUUGCAGCCAUAGCUUUUCCGUAUAUCUGUUUGCUGACUCCUUUAAAAAUGCUUAUGUAGCGUGUCAAUGUUCCAGUAGAGAGUUGGACCCUGGAAAUUUUAAGCAAUGUCAGGAACAGUGUCCGAACCCUGUUUUUGCAGGGGUUUACACACCACACACAACGCGUGGCGAAUAUCAAAUCACGGCCGAACAUCUUCACACUUUAUUCGACAUUUUGGGAUGAUAAAUUAAUUUGAAUUUUUAACAAACCAGUUUAAAGUAGAUUUAUAUAUUUAUUGUUUAUCUGUGUAGUGGAAUUCAAAAUCAGUUUACUUACCGUCGAAAGCCGUCCGUGCAUGUGAAAUUUACUCAAGGUUGGAUACUUGUAAUACAUGAAAUUGAGCAAUUAAAGAAGUCCAUGAAAGCUAGUAAUAAAAUUUUGCAUACCUGUGUUCCACUAUAAGAAAGCUAUAGAUAUAAACUGUAAACUCUAAA